AGGGUAUAAGUAAAGAUAAUAAUAAUAAUAAUACCUAUAUAUUGUAUUGAUAUUGAGUUCAUUAAAUUUCAUUAAGAAACAAUGAGAUCGAGAUGUUGAAAUAUAAUAAUAAAUGAAGAUAAACAGCUCGUUAGGCUCUGUCCAUCAAUACGGAACCGUGACUUCGCAGAGAAGGCGCAGUCGCGAAGAAAUGUCUGAGUAGGACUUGCGCACUAACUAUCACCUCUCUGCCAUGUAUUUGUAAGAGAUACAUAAAAUGGAUACUACAUUCUAACACAAAGACUCUUAGAAUUUAUGGCAAUUGUGAUAUACGUAGGUAAAAUGAUUGUAACACGCUGUCUAGGCGAAAUUAAAGGGGGCUUUUAUCACGGUGGUGAUAGGAAUUGAAAUGUUUUUACAGAGUCGCGUCAUAGUAGUCUGGUUAUCCUGGCUCGUUGGUGGCGUCUGUGGAGUUAUUAUACUUUUGAUUAUUAUUUGUUAUUGCCGUCUAAUGCCUCGUCACCAGAAAUCAUUCGAUGAACAGUAUCUCAAAGAGAACUACACGAUCAAGGAAAAUCAUGUCUACUCCAGCCAAGGCAAUUACAGUAGAGUUAGAAGUACAGAGGUGGCGCGGCCCCCGCGGCCCGCCAGCUACGCGGGCGACCGCGACCGGCAGGCGCCGCGCGCGCCCCCGCCGCCCCCCGCGCCCGCGCCCGCGACCGCGCCUGCGCAGUACGCCUCCAGUGGCAUGUUGGACGAGCUGGAGUGCGCGGAGAGCGGCGAGGGCGCGGAGGCGCUGAAGACGCGGUCGUUGCCGGCCUUCCUGCGCCCGCGCCCACGCCCGCUCUCCUCCGAAGCUGACCUGUACCAGCUCUACGCCAAGGUGAGCCAGAGCAAGAAGCACAAGAGUCGCAUGCGCAGCGAGCACGCAGCCAUCAUCGCGCUGAGCAAGUCGCGCAGCCAGGCCCUCGACAUCGACGCCGGCGCCGUCAUCGUCUACGACCAGCGCACGCAGCUCUAGGCACCACCACUGUACUCCCACCAAGGCCAAACCGUUUUCACUUUUAUAAACGCUACGCUAAGGUACUGAAAUUAAUUAAAGGGCUGAUAUAGCUGGUUGUCACCACCCUUCUAGACGUGUUCCUACGCGAUGUCUGGAGAAUCAUUUAGGGGAGUUUUACCACCUGACCACAUGUCCCCGACAUACCACCUGGGGCCUGUUUAAUAAAACUUACAAUUGUAAAUUACUAUGACAAUUUGAUGUACAUUGCGAAGUGUGUGAUCACGAAUGUUUUGCAGUUUCAUAUUAGCUACGUAAUGAACACCAAAUUGUCGUUGUAAUUUACAAUUGUAAGUUUUAUGAAACAGGCCCCAGGUGAGAUUGUGGAGAUUGAUAUACUUCCCACGAGGCACGAGACACAACGUAUGUACUUACAUCGCCUUAGCGUAACGUUAACGAUUGCGAAAGCAUAUGGCGGGGCUCUCAUUCUUUCAACCGGCUCUUUUACACUCUUAGUCACAAUCAUCCCCAAACCACUUUUCUUCUCGACACAGUUUAAAUUACAUAAUCGAUAAUACAAACCAUUGUUUACAUAUCUCGUACAGUACUCUUUGUUUCGAGUAUUUUUACACUUUGAUUAUCUUAGAAUGUUGUUCCAUCCGAAAGUUUGUAAUGUUGAGACCAGGUUGUUUAGUAGGUAACGUUAGACUAAGUAUUAACUAUUAUCUGAAGGCCUAAUGUGGUACACUGUAUCGUACCAAUGUUUGUCUACGAAUUAACAUUAUACACGAUUGGCAAAGUUGUGAUUGAUAAUGUGAUAUGAAUUAAGUACGUAACUAUUUGCAAAAA